AUGAAGACACCGCCUCCCUUCAGCUCCUCCCCUGUGCCUCCCACAUCCUUCCAUCCUUCCUGCUUCAGUCCCUCACUGUGAUUCAGGUCGGCUGCUGCUUGGUGCUCUCCUGAUUCGAUUGCAUCUCUGUUCUUUGGGGAUAAUGCUGCUCCACAGACUGCUGCUUCUGCUGGGACUCCUCGUGCUGUCUAAAGGGCAGGAGGAUGACAGGACAGAUGAGAACAAGACAGAGGAACCCUGCGACGAUUUCACUGACCUCAACCUGUCCCACUGCUUCAUGGGAACCAGCCUGUACGUCCGGCUGCUGCUCUACACCCGCUCCAACCUGAACUGUGGCCGCGAGUUAAACCACCACCACCUUUCCUCACAGCCACUCUUCAACCUUAACAAUCCCACCGCCUUUGUCAUUCACGGAUAUCGGCCCACUGGAGCCCCCCCCAUCUGGAUCAACCACAUAGUCCACCUCCUGGCCGAGCAGGACGACAUGAACAUCAUCGUGGUGGACUGGAAUAGAGGGGCGGCCAACUUUAACUACUUCACUGCUGUUUCCUAUACAAGGGAGGCAGCUCAGAACCUCACAGGCUUCAUCCUGACCAUGCAGGAGGAAGGAGCUCCUCUGAGCUCGGUUCAUCUGAUUGGAGUCAGUCUGGGAGCUCACCUGGCUGGAUUUGUAGGAGCAAGUCUUAAAGGCAAGAUUGGCCGCAUCACAGGUCUGGAUCCAGCUGGGCCGAUGUUCACCAGUGCCAAACCGGAGGAGAGGCUGGACCCUUCAGACGCCAUGUUUGUGGAUGUCCUUCACACCGACAUGGACUCAUUUGGCUUGAGAGGAGCUCAUGGACAUAUUGACUUCUACGCCAACGGUGGAGCCGACCAACCCGGAUGUCCCAAAACCAUCUUUGCAGGUAAAUCCUACUUUGUGUGUGACCACCAACGCUCGGUGUUCCUGUAUCUGUGCGCCCUAAACAGAACCUGCCAUCUCACUGGUUACCCGUGUUCAUCGUACAACCACUUCCUGGAUGGUCAGUGUCUGCAGUGCGAAGCCUUUAAGCCAGCUUCCUGUCCGGUGCUGGGCUAUAACAUGACUUCAUGGAGAGACACCCUGAUUGGACUUGGACAGACCAAGGUCUACUUUACCACCACAGCCUCUCUGCCUUACAGGAAGCUGAGCUACAGAGUUGACAUGGUGACGUGGAACCAGUACCUUCGUUGGGGGGUUGUCUACUUUCGCCUUCACAGCGGCAGGAAUUUCACAGAAGCUCGAGUAGACCAUAAGCUUCUCAGGUUUGAACAGUACACCUCUACACGGCUGCUGGCUCAAUUUGAUGAGGACAUACAGAACAUUCAGAAGAUUUCCAUGCGGAUCAGCACCGGGAACAUCAUCGGCCCUCGCUACAAAAUGAGACUCAUCAGAAUUCGCUUUACACCCCUGGACCACCCAGAGAGGCCUUUGAUGUGCCGCUUUGACGUCAUCAUGGAGGAAAACAUGGAAGUGUCAUUUCGCCCUCUUCCCUGCAACUCUCACCUGUGAAUAACCACACUCACUUCUUCUGACGGACCCUCUAGGCUCAGGGGUCCCAUGGUCUCCGGCUCUAACCCCACAUGGAGCACCGGAGGAGAACCCACAGUGUGACUGCAGGCAAAGGGACGCCUGCUGAUGUGCGGAUUAUUCCUGGUUACUAAAACCAGGAACAGGAUAGAGAAAAGAUGAAUAAAAAGAGGAGAAAAUGAUGUGGAAUGGGAAAAAGCAUUUGUUUAAGGUUGAUAUUUAUGUAUGAAAGCCAUUGGGCAAAUUUGUAUUAUCAGGUUGUGAUGAGAAAUGAUCUUUGUAACAAAUAUAUAACUGAAACCAGUUCUAAAAGAUAAGUUGUGGCUCUACAUUUAUUUAGAACAAUCCACACUUUCUUGAUCUAAAGUUAAUAAUAAAGUUAACCCUAUGAGUUUCUGUUUUACCAUGUUUAAAUGAAUUAAUGCAAAUACUUGCUCCAGAUUAUAUUCUUUACGCCUAAUUAUUGUUUGUUAAUUAUAUAAUACUGUAUAUUGUGUCAUUUAUUAAUAUCAUAUUAUGCAAUGAAUAACAGACUUUGUGCUCACAAAAUGCACUUUUUCUUUGUGCCUUGAAGCUCUUUGGCCUGAAGCUCUCCAUAAAAAAAAAAAAAAAA